UGUCUAUGUAGACUCUAGAUGCGUAUUGGGCGCGCUACUUCAAGUUGCUCUGUUCAGUGAGGCCUGAGACCUGAGACCCCGGAUUGAGAAGCAUGGCUCCCCGGACACCUCGGAAUACUACUGAUCUUCUCUACAGACGUCGAUGAGCUCGUCCAUAGGAGAGCCGUUCCAAGUAUCGAGCUACCCUGUUCCAACGAAGAGAACGCACGAAAAAGUACACCAUCCCACAUAUGUGUCAUAUAGCUAUAAUUUCUCCAGGCAUGCAACAGUGACCGUCCAGGCAGAAGGCAUACAUAUCGUUGAUCUAUCUGAACUUCAUACAGUGGUCUCGCACACUUGUGGAUCUAACGUCACUUUUUCUGGACCUGCGAGCAGCCGGUGUACGUCGGAGGACGGUGGACGCAUAUGCACAACAUAUGCAGUCGUCUCUUCCGCACCGGAGGUUGCUGUGAAGAAUAGGGAUCGGACGGUAUGGAUUAUGAAGCAGAAAAUGUCAGGCGGUGCCUUGGGUAAAAGUGAAAAACGCGAAAUUGUGAUGCCUCACGAAGUCGCGCGUAUCUACUCAGACGAUCAAACCUCAAACAUUCUACUCGUAUCUUCCACUGGUGACGUUAGCGUCGCAGAUGACGAGUUGAACAUUAUGUCCACUCUCAUAUGUGCGCAUGAACAAAAUUUUCUCGACGUGUUUUUCUUCCCUGGCGCGUCGUGUACCUUUUCUCCUCGUGAAAAUCUCCCAGACACCAUGAUAGUGUUCUGCUCGAGCACCGACUCGACGCUGCUUCUGUCCAUCGUAUCUGUCACCGGCAACGACCUGACCAUUAUCGGCAGACAUCAGUUUUCAACCUGCCAUGCAGUCUCGGGACAGAAAACACAACAACGUGUCGUUGCCCUUUCAUGUAGUCCCUGUGGGGUGUUGAGCUACAUAAAUGAAUCUCAUACUUGGGCCGCCUACCAGCUCGGGCUAUACAGUCCAUCAAUAGCUUUAACACAGAUUGGCGAGACAUUAGCUCUGGCCCAGUUAUCGCGUUUGGAUGCUAGUUCAUUUGGAAGUGGCAUCUGCCUCCUUUCACUGGGUUCUUCAUUGGUUCUCCUUGCCACCCUGAAUGGUACACCAACUUCAGAGGUAUCGAUUCUUCUCUGGGACAUGCGCUACGGCGUAGUUCUUGCAUCGCAGGCUAUCCCAAUCCCUUCCUCCCUUGCGCCGAGCAUCAAACUGGGAAUUACUAUGAGCCUACUGCCCGCAGACGCAGGACAAGUAUUAUUAAUGUUGUGUCCUACAAACGUCUCAACGACCGCCCCAUUAACAUCCGAGUUUCUACAUCGAUCGACAGUUUACAUCAUUCCCCUGGAUUCGAACCUGAAGUCCACCAUUGCUGGUGCGAUCGGGAAAGCCCCCGCAACUUCUGAAUGGCUGGUACCAGAUCCUAAAGCUAAAUCACUAGCGGCCGAUGACCCUAGAUAUAAACUGCUUGUCAACAUGGCGAAUCAUUUGCAGCACAAUGAGCCCCACAAGGCGGAUGAAGCCUUCUUCAGAUGGGUCAAGGAAUACACCUCAGCGAGUGGGCCGUCGUUAAGUAAUUCGCUAUCAAUCUCGACACCGGACGGAGCGGCUUCGGAAGCUCUUUAUGGCUAUGGUUUUGUCAAAGAGCUUCUAGGCCUCUUCUUUGCGCCUGCAAAGGAGUUCACUGGCAAGCACCAGUACUCUCCACGUGUCACGCGGCACUUGAUCGAGAAGAACGUCGUCAGUGCAGGCAUGGUAGAGGGCAGGCUUUUCACAGCACUAAAACAACACGACGAUUGGGAAAGUAUCAUGUUGGCAUUCAACUCGGUGGUCGACAUCUCCGAGGACGACAUGAUCUCCCUAGCGAAGGCACUUGUCGCUAAGGAGCAACAAUCACAGACUAAUCCCGAAGCUAUGGAUGUGGAUAGCACGCAGGUCUGGACUCCAACUCUAUCGGCUUAUAUGCUUGCGUGCGUCUCGUAUCCAACGUCUUCCGCUGCACUCCGCCUGGCGAUUAGAAAACAUCUGCCGGAUGCACAAGAUCUCAUUCCGAUCUUGGAGUUGUUAGAUGGCUGGACAAUUGGUGGGACAGAGGAGUAUAUUCGUACUCUUUUGAAAUCCGUGGCGUCGAACGUCGCGAUAGAACACCGUGGGGGAGCAGCCCCGCCAUAUGAUAAGACGAUAUCCUUCCUGCAAGUCUUGCUGGACGCUUCGUUUGUUUCCUUAUUGCAAUACCCUCCGUCGCACGAAUUGCUUAGGAAUAUUAUGUCGCAUGUAGAACCCGAGAUAGGACUUCAUGAGCAUAUGGAGUACCUCCGAGGGGCGUUGGAACCCUUCGCCAAAGCUCAGAAUCGAAUAGUGAAGGAGAGGGUCGAGGGAGCAUCCAAGGAAUCCCCGAAUGAAUGGAGAAAACGACGGAAACGUCAAGAACAACAAGUUUCACUCGGAGUUGGGCUGUACAGAUUGGAGGAGCUUGUUAUCUAGAGUAAAUCUGUGUCUUUGAAAUUCCUGGGUUCGCAGUGCUGCGAUUAAUAUCACGUCCAUGAACAGUGUUAU